CGACGAGGAAAAUAUGAUUCGAUUAGCAAGUUUUCGAAAUCCACGACUUCCCAGAAUUGAACAUGUGGCGGGGGAUUCCCCGAAAUGGAUUCCUCCGUCCAAUCAGGUUUGGGUUUCAAUCAAAGGAGACAUCUCAGAGUUAAAACCGAACUUUCGCUUACUGAUAAACGAAAAGCGAAACCUUUCACUACUUCACAGUUGUUAGGUUGGAGAAUUGAGGAGCUAGGAGGUCAAAAUAUAGUAAUCAUGAGUUCAGUGGACAAAAACAGUAGCAAAAUGAAUGCUGAUAGUGAGGAUGAAGUUUCCGAAAGCGAAGAGACAGUCGAGGAACUGCUGGCGAUAGGGAAUGAUUCUGUGCAACAUAAUGAUUUAGAAGACUCUGAAAAUGAAGCAUUGGCGACUCUACAGAAGGAGAAAGCACCGACAUACAUGUCCGUAACAAAUUUUUCCGGGGUUGAGGGAGCUCUUUUCAGCGUCAUUGAAACGUACCCCCUCCCUUCACUACCGAGCACGUCGUUAGAAGAUAGCACCUUACCAGAACAAAAUGGAGGCAACCGUACAUGUAGUUCUCAUCAAUCCGGAUCUCUCGUAAGGGGACGUUCUGACGGAGAGAAGACACCCGUACAAAAUUUUUGUGAGCGCUCAGUGCAGAGUCCAUGCCCAGGAAUGAUGGCGAGACUGUUUCUCUUAGAAAGAACACACCAAGAAAGGAAUGAGAAGUUGUAUAUCCUGUUUAUAAUUCCCGAAGAGAAAUACCAGGUUUACAAAGCCAUUUUGGAGAGUUACGUCGAUGACACAACAUCACAGCAAGGCUACAAAACCAGACAAAUUCCAUUUGCUGUUGAUAAUGCCAGGAGCCGAGAGUUUCAUACCCUGUAUGUGCAGGAGCAGAUGAAAGUGUCAUUUGAACUAGAGAGCCAAUGGCAGCGAAACUUUGUCACUCUAGAUGCUGGACGAGAAUACGUUUUCAGGGUUCCAAACAUUCGCUGUGAGAGUGAAAACAGAGUAGCACCAGGGGCCAAGUCACAUUUUAGGGUGGAGUAUACUGGUGGACCUGGAAGGCUUUGUCAAGAACAAGGCAAAAUAACAUUGACAGUUGAUUCAACAGUGCAGUCUACCCUGUUUUUCUCCAUUGCUAUUUGGGUUCCAGACUGAUGGGAAGAAAAGAAAACAACUUGCAGAAAGAUUAAUUCUACAUGGAGUACUCAGGUUCUCUGUCCCAUUGGUAAUGUUGUUAACACAUUAUUAUGAUAUUAUUGUUAACUGUUUUCAUUAAGAUAAAAAAAAACCUUGAAAAAAGAAGAAAAAAAGAAAAAAAGAAAG